AUGGAAAGUCAGGAGAAAACAGACAUCGAACAACCUCCAGACUUCUUGAAAUCGUUUGAAAGUCAAAUCGAGGAAAUUAACGAUUUCAAAUGCAGUUUCUACAUCACCAGUUCUACACCGACCGAAGCUUGCUUCAAUGCGGAACUCGAAAACAAAGUGUCUGAUUUGCUAAGCAGCAUCAAAAAAUGCCCAGAACUUCCGAAAUAUCUGCAGGCGUAUCUUCUUGGCAAGGCAUUGAACCUCUAUCCGAAAUACGUGAAGGAAUGUGAAGAACAGCUGACCCGCUGCAUUCGACUGAAUCCGUCGUUUCCUCAGGCGCUCAACGAACUGGGCGAAUGCGUCUGGAAGCGCUCAGAUAUCAACGGCGCCAAAAAGUGUUUUCUCGCCGGUUUAAAGCUGAACAAAGACGAUAAAGCAUGCCUUCGAAAUCUGUCUAUGGCGUACAGGCAUCUUGGCGGCGAAAAUGGCGAACGCUUAAAAAACUGCGCGGAAAGUUUAGAGCUGGCCAAAAGGGCCGUUGAAUUGGACCCUGAUGAUGGCAUGAGUUUGUGUGCGUGUUGGGAUACUAUUUGA